AUGAGUGUAGCCACCAUCGCAGAGCCUUUCCUACUUGCGUCCUAUCCAGAGUCUUCUACGUACAGGAAACGCAAGGCCACACCCAUAUUUGCCUCUAUACCUUCUGGCAGCGAUGCAGACCCAUUGGUCUCGGUAGCCAUCCAGGGAGAUGGCGUACACAUCCUCGACGUGAUAGUACUAAAGCCCACAAAGACCUCAACGCUGCAUUUAGCGGUAUCACAUACACUAGGGCCAUCAACAUCUUUCUCAUGUCCUCCUGCAACGCGUACAAGCCGUACUAAUGUUGGCACGCGCAAAUGCACGAGCUACGCUGUGCUCGAAUCCGGACCGGAUGUAGCACCAGAGGGGAAGGGAAGAACGGUAGUUUCCUGGGAGGAGGAGCUAUCGGGAGGCAUUGCUUCGAGUGCGCAGGAGGGGAGAAAUAAACGGACAUCUGUGGCUCCACAUUCCGUAGUCCACGUAUAUGCUCCAGAUUACCUCCCAAGGAGCGUGGUACUUGUCAGUGCUGCCGGCGACGUCUCGUUAGCAGAUGAGGAGUUGCAGAUUUUACGGACGCACACACCACAAAACCAUCAGCCAAGCACGCUGCUCAAGCACUUCCUUUUUCCUUCCGCUGCGUGCACCUUCCUAUCUUCCCACUCUGCCUCGUCCUAUGAUGCGGUGUCAGUGUCGUUCUUAAGGAGCGGCGAUGUAUUCAGAUUAGGUAUAGUCGGAAUGGGCGGAGAGAUCAUCACCUCGCUCGGAGAAUGCGUUCUCCCUGUUGAAGAAACAGAAUUCCUCGAUGUCUCCUGCAGCAGCGCCGGCUUCAUCAGCGUACUCUCACCUUCUGGGAGCUGGCACGCCUUCUCCUUGUCGACAUCUCUGUCGAGUGCGCUAUCUAUCUCUCGGGCCGCAGAACCCCUCCGCCUACAAGGCCUCACCUUCAUCGGCGGCACACGCAUCUCUGAAGCGACUAUUACCGCUCUCACUUCCUCACACGUUCUGCUGGCCGCCAUCACUAGCUUCCCACAAGAAAUCGUCAUACUUCUUUGGGACCUCCGCUAUGGCGUCCUCUUAGGGCAGCAGUCCAUCUCCGUCCCGUCAGCCCUUCCUCGUUCAAAAAAAUGUGGCGCCGUCCUGCAACUCGAAGCGUCCCCUCCUUUUGCGUUGGGAAAGUCAGGCUCGGUCAACCUGAACGCAAUUCUCGUCCUCCAUCCUUUGCCAGAACGAGAGCACCAGGCAGAGCCCGGCAGCACGCCCGCGCGCUCUACCGUCCUCGUCGUGCCGCUGACGGUUCCCAACAAGUCCACCAUUGCCGCAGUGAUGGGCAAGGCGAACGCUGGUGCACGCUGGGUCUCCACGAAACCUGGCGGACCGGCCUCGCAGGCGCAAGGCCCGGUGGGGCAUGGGGGGCCGGAGCUUAGCAUCGCCGCGCGUGCGGCUCUCCGCGAGAUCAAGGCGUCCAUAGACGGGAGCGCGAACAGCAGCACUACCACUGCGGAGACCGUGUUCUUCGACUACGUGAAGAAGCAGAGCAAGGGAAAGGGCGCCGCAGCUCAGGGCGAAGAGGAGCAGCAGAACACGCCGAUGGAGUAUCCGCUCGUACAGAGCGUGCUGGAGCUUGUGCUACAUCCACCAUCGCAUGCACAAGGGAAGGCGCAGACUAUCGCGUACUCGCCCAAAAUUGUCAGGUAUCUGCUGGAGAAACGGGCGGUCAGCUCUUCCAUGGUCGAAGGCGGCGUGCUGUCCGCUUUGGCGGAGCGUAACGACUGGGACACGGUCACGCUCGCAAUGCGCAAUGUUACCGACUUGCCUGAAAACGACAUCAUCGCGCUCCUAAGCCGAGUCGUAAAGGCGCACACUUCGUCAAAUGACGACAACGCAAUGCAAGUUGACUCUGCAGCCUCGACGACCACCCCAGCAAUCCCGACAUUCCUCGCGCAAUGUGUUGUUUACCCCUUCACGCCCGCCCUGCAGCGCACAGCAAUCCGCAAGCACCUAUCUGACGCGACGAGCCUCACACCCGUCCUGGAGGUUCUCGACGGCUGGAUCGUCCAGCGCACCGCGGACGACGCACUCCUCUCCGUUUCCGACAGCACGGAUCCCCAAAACGUUCCACCCCUGGACAAAUCCCUCGCCUUCCUCCAGACUCUGCUUGACGCUUCCUUCCUUGCGCUCCUCGCGCACACCCCUGCGCACAAGCCCCUGCGCACGCUCGCAUCUCACAUCCAGCCCGCGCUUGCGCAGACAAGUGAGCUAGAGCUGCUGUGUGGGCCGCUCGAGCCAUACGCGCGUGCGGCAGCUACGAAAGCGAAGGUGCAAGCGGAGGCCAAAGAGGGCGGCAAGCCGGACGGUGGCAAGGACUGGCGGCGGAAGAGAAAGCUUGCUCACGAGCAAGCGGGUAUGGCCGUCGGGCUAUACCAGUUCGAGGAGCUGGUGCUGUAG